CUAAGCCUGCACACCUGCAAGUACUUGUUGUGAUUGGGGUGCUUGAUGAUGUAACGAGUCACAGCAACGCCCAGCUGUACCUAAUGACUGCCGAAUCCCUGCUGAAGCAGCAGGUGAGCGCACAAUGUCUCAGCAUGACCUUGGUUGUUCCUGGUCUGAUAACAGUGAUUAUGCGAGUGCUGAGGGUCGCACCAAACAGAUGAACGGUGUAACCGAGGAUAAGGGGAGCGAGGCUGCAAACCAACUGGACCACUUGUUUGGCACUCCUGGGGGCAUAACCUCAGCACUCAAGUCUGUGGCUUUCCAUAUGUGGGGUCAUGGAGGGUGUGACUCACCUGAGUCCCAGCCAUGCCCUGUGCCUGACCAGAACAAGGACUCCUCAGACUCAAAGGCCAAACACCAAUGGUCAUUUGGAAAGCAUAAACCUGCAACAAAUUUUAAAUCCAAGUACAUUCAUGGUUGCCCUCUGUAUCAGGACUAUUGUAAAACCUCUGGAAAAGGUGACAUGAUGAACUUGUCCAAGCUAGUGACCUCCCAGUGUCUCCUGGGCCUUCAGAGCCCACCUUGCACCAGUCUGGACACCGCCUCCCCCCCACAGCACAUCCUCAAGGUGACGCCGUGUACACUUUGGCAGGAACUUGCCGAGGUGAGGGAGCGAAGGCUGCUCACCUCCCUGGCCCUUGGAGAGAUUCGCCUACAGGAGUCCAAGUUUGAGAUGAUCGUCUCUGAGGCGUCCUAUCUGAAGAGCCUAGGUGUCGUCAUCAAUCACUUCUUCACAUCGAAGACACUGAGACUGACCCUGUCUAAGAUGGAGCAUCGCAUUCUGUUCUCUAACCUCUGCGUCGUGCAGACAGCUAGUGAGAGGUUUCUGAAGGACCUCGAGGUUCGCCUGGGGGAGGAUGUGAUGAUAUCCCAGGUUGGGGACAUUGUCCUGCGCCACUGCCCGGUGUUUCGCUCCCUCUACGUGCCCUACGUGACCAACAUGAUGUACCAGGAGGCCCUCUUCAAGAGGCUGCUGCAGGAGAACAGGGAGUUUCUGCUUGCGGUGACAAAGCUAGAGAGUGAUUCGGUGUGUCAAAGACAGAGGCUGAAGUCCUUCCUGGUCCUGCCAUUCCAGCGAAUUACUCGUCUGAAGAUUAUAAUGGAGAGCAUCGUGAAGUUGACUGAAAAAGACUCAGAGUCAGUUCCUUGUCUCAGAGAGGCUAUCGAAGCUAUACACAAGAUUGUGUCGGAGUGUAAUGAGCAGACCCAGCGGAUGAAACAGAUUGAGGAACUAGUACACUUGGAGAAGCUUGUGUACUUCCGCAAAGUCAAGUCAAUCGCUUUGAUCAUUAGUGGACGUUAUCUGGUGCAUGAGGGCUCUCUGAGGCAGCCGCUGCUGGGAAGCUCGUGGGGCACCAAGGUGACCUUCAAGGAAAUCUACAUCCACCUCUUCAAUGACUUGUUGCUGAUCUCCUUGAAAAAGGGUCUGCGUUUCAGUGUGCUGGAUUAUGCUGCGUUUCCCAGCCAUGUGUGCACGGAGCCGUUAAAAGAGGUCACUGGUCUGCCCUCGGAAUCCUUCUUGCUGCGACUGUCUCGGAACCAUGCAGGCCAGGCCAUUGCCCUCAUACUGGUGUCGCACACAAUGUCCGACCUACAGACAUGGAUGAAGGCUCUAUCCACUACAAAGUCAACAGUGACAGAUCCUUGAGACAACGAUGAAUGCUCUUCACACUUUUUUUAAAUUCAUAAAUGUAUAUUAAACUUGUCUUUGUUCUAAAUCUUCA